UCAAAGGGCAUUCUGUGGUAUCAGAGUCAGAGUCUGUGCUGCGCUGAGAAAAACACAGCCUUUGACAAUUUCUCUCGAUUUUUUAAUACAGAUUCAUCACAAUGUGUACUGGAAAGUGUGCACGGUUAGUGGGGUUAAUACUUCUACCCUCGGCUUUUUUGUGUAUAAUAGCCAAUUUACUUUUAUUCUUCCCUAAUGGAGAAAAGUUGGAACCUGGACAGAUUUCCCUGCAGGUCUGGCUUAUGGGAGGUGUUCUUGGUGGAGGGCUAAUUAUGUUGUGUCCAAGCUGCUCAGCCAUCAGAGCCGGGGGCAAAGGCUGCUGUGGGGCAGGUUGCUGUGGAAACCGUUGCCGUAUGCUGAAUUCUGUUUUCUCAUCUGUAUUUGGCAUUAUUGGGUCGGUCUACUGUGCCUGUGUUGCCAUUGCAGCACUGGCUGUUGGGCCAAAAUGCAAAAUUGAGGGCGGAAUAUGGGAAUAUCCCUUUGAGAAUAAACAAGGGAACAGCAGUUACCUGGUGGAUAAGACUAUAUGGUCCGAUUGUGUCUUUCCUGAGAAUAUGGUUCUCUGGCACAUUGUGCUGUUCUCCAUUCUUUUGGGUCUGGCUCUGAUACAGAUGAUACUCUGUGUCAUUCAGGUCGUGAAUGGAUGUGUGGGCUGCCUCUGUGGAGACUGCCGAAAAAGAAAAUCGGAUGAAGGAGGUCUGUGAGAUCUGCUGAGGAGGGGGAAAACAACAACAAACAAAACAACGAUUUGAUCUGGAAUAACAGGACAAGAGCUUUCACACAAAACUAACAGAUUGCUUAUAAAUAAUGCAAUAAGUAUCACUAAAAAGUGUUGUUCUGUGUAAAUGUGACCCUAUUUUAUCUUUAUUAUGUAUUAUUCUAGUACUAUUGUAGCAGUAAAUUAUAACUGUCAAUCAACUCAAAAAUGAAUCACAUUUUUCUGUAAUUAAUCACACAUAACAUUACAAUUUGUAAUAUAUUUUUUAUAUUGUAAUACAUAAUUUCAUAUUGAAUCUCCAACUGAAUGUAGAAACAACAUGAAGAUGGUAUAUUUUAAAUAUUUGUUUAAUAGCAUCUUUUACUAAGUACUAUGAAUGAAGACCAGUCUCACUGAUACCAUACUGCUACUGAUGUCUCAUUUAAAUUGAUUAUUUUCUCAAUUUCUGGGGAUGAAAUGAGUAAAAGUGACUGUUUUUGACCCAUGUAUCCUUGUAUUUAAAUAUCAAGCUCAAAACUGCCAUCAUUUUGAUAGAAAUUGUGUAGAAAUUCUUUCAUCAAAGUUGUCCUAAAACCAAAAUGCAAUAACCGUUCUUGUCUUAGGACAACUUUGAUGAACUUUUUUUGAUCCACUUCAAAUGUUGACUACUGUAUAUAAACUUAUGUAUUUUGGAUUAAUAAAUCAGGUCCUAAUGAUUCAAAGCAACUUUCUUUCAGAAUAAACAUAAUUUGCUGAAAUGUA